AUCCCUACCCCCACCGUCCCGCCUGUCUCCCAGUUGCGUUCGCCGCUGCCCUGUCUGGCCGCCCGGUGUCUGCUCCGCCGCUCCGCGCUCUGCGGCUCUCACCCCACCCCGAACCCGAAAACUCUGCCUCCUCGUUUACCUCCCCCGGCUCCCGCACCCCCUUCCACCCGGUGAAUGCACCAGCACCGAAAACAUGACGGGCAUCGCCGCCGCUUCUUUCUUUUCUAAUUCCUGCAGGUUCGGGGGCUGCGGUCUACAGUUCGAGUCUCUCGCCGAGCUCAUCGUCCACAUCGAGGACAAUCACAUCGACACAGAUCCACGGGUCCUGGAGAAGCAGGAGCAACAGCAGCCCACUUAUCUGGCCCUAAGCUACAUUAACAGGUUCAUGACAGAUGCUGCUCGCCGGGAGCAAGAGACCAUGAAGAAGAAGGUUACGCCCAAACUGUCCCUGUCCAUCACUGGUGGAGUGUCCAGGAACAGCACAGCCACGCCUCCUCGCCAGACCAGCGGCAACCUGACGCCUCCCGUCACGCCCCCCAUAACCCCCUCCUCCUCCUUCCGCAGCAGCACCCCAACAGGCAGUGAGUAUGAUGAGGAGGAGGUAGACUACGAGGAGUCGGACAGCGAUGAGUCGUGGACCACAGAAAGCGCCAUCAGCUCUGAGUCCAUCCUCAGCUCCAUGUGCAUGAAUGGGGGCGAGGAGAAGCCGUUUGCCUGCCCCGUCCCCGGCUGUAAGAAGAGAUACAAGAAUGUGAACGGUAUCAAAUACCACGCCAAGAACGGCCACCGCACACAGAUCCGUGUGAGGAAACCCUUCAAGUGUCGCUGCGGCAAGAGCUACAAGACCUCGCAGGGCCUGAGACACCACACCAUCAACUUCCACCCGCCGGUCUCCACCGAGAUCCUGCGCAAGAUUCAAGGCUAAAGCCCGGCUCACACCAAUCACUACCCCAAACACAGCCCUAUCCUGACUUUCUCUUCCCUGACCCUUUCGUAUCAAUCCUGCACACUACAGGAUCAAGUGCGUGCUUUAAGUUCUUUUCAUAUUUUUUCUUCUUCAUCUUUUUUGUUUGGAUGUUACAAUUGUUUCUCUUCUAUCCACGUUAUAUCACUUGUAUCUUUUGAAAAAAAGUGUCUUUGUAGUAUUUUUUAUUGUUGUACAUUUGCACAUUAGUAUAUGCUAUCACGUUAAUUGUUCUCUAUUGUUUGACUUACAUACGGUGCUAACUGUAAAAAACAGACAGAAAAGACUAAAAACAAACGAUAUGAAAGAAGAGGGGGAAACGUAAAAAAGAAGCGCAACCACGCCCUGCCCCUUUGUCUUGCUCGUCUGUGAGCGGGAUGAAGUUGACAUUAGUGCUGAUCUGAGUUCAGGAGUCCUUGCGCUCCUUUUCCAUUAGAUGCAGAGAGUUUGCUGAGCUUAGAUCUGUGCCUUCGCUGUAACUUCUGGGGGUUUCAGUGUGAGUUAAGUUAUACUUUAAAUAGAUAUAUUGAUAUAUAUAAACAAUAGACAGAUAUGUAUGUGUACAUAAAAAAUAUAAAGGUAUUCAUGAGCAUAUACAUAAAUAGUUACACUUUAUUUUCAAGCUUUAUUUUAUAUAUAUAUAUCUGUAAGUGUUUUUCUUUCUGUGUGUCCGUAAGUGUUCCUUUCAUUACUUGUUUGCUGAGACGGCCAGUUUUGUCACCUCAGAGGUCAAGCUGGCUGACUUCAGGUGUGGAGAGAUUUCUCACACCGCACCCUAGACAUAAGGAGCCAAAACGCCUUUCGGUUUGACACUCUGACUCGAGUGCAAUGUUUUACUGUUGAUCAGUUAGGCUCAAUGUAUUAGAACAUGGCCUGGGCCAACAAUCCAUAUUUUAAACAUUUCAUCCAAGC